CCUCAAAUGGCAGCCGAAAUGGCUGCUUUGAUUUGUGCACAAAACGUUGUUUUUCCUCACGGAGAAUGCAAAGAAGGACCAUUUCACGUUAUUGUGAAUGGAGGUUUUAUUGAAGCUAUUGAUAAAUGCACAGGAAAAUGCAAUGAACACUUGACUUGUGAGUUUCUUACUCCUGGUUUUAUUGAUAUUCACAACCAUGGAAUGGGUGAGUGACUUUACAUGUAAUAAUUACAAUUAUUGUUAAUUGACAAUGAAUCAGCAAAGUUACUCUUAAUUCUAGCGUCAUUUUAUACGGUUCCAGUUUUGAUCCAUGAGGUCACUUAAUGAGGUUUACCUUUCCACUUUUAUUUAUGACAAAUUUUGGUCUUUCUGUUUAACAGUCAUCCAAAAAUAUACAUAAACAAAAAAGUUUGUUAUGGGAAGAAAAGGUAUAUUAAAAGCACCCUUUUCAGUUGCAACUACAACAUUUAACUCUUAAUCUGAGGUGAGGUAGCAACACAUGGGGGUAGGGGGGUUGGAAGACCUCUGUGGAAAAAAAAUGGUCUCACCUAAUUUUUUUCCAAGUUCACCCCCACCUCCAACCCCACCCCCAUGGUGUCUGUAGGUGUCUGCUGUUUAAGUUUGUAAACUCCGUCAACCUUUUGCAUUCAUCUCUAUCCACACAAGAACAUACGUAUUUAUACAUGAAUGUGAGAAAUUAUUUUCACAAAGUUUUGGGAGGGAAGAUUUGACAAGUGAAAGAUCAAACAACUUUGGCAGUUGUAAAAAGUAACCCGGAAAAAAAAAAUUAGUCUUGAAUGGGAUUCAAACCCAUAUUAUAAAGUUUUUAUAUUUUUACCACCAGAUCUCCACCUGUGUAAGAAAGUAGUAAAUUAAAUGUAUCAAAAUUACAAUGUCAAAUGCGGACUAUCGGUUGUCCCUGGGAAAGAUGCUGAUGAUCAGUGUCCUUAUAUAUCCAGCGUGCAAAGAAAGUAGUCUCCAAUAGCCCGGGGCUAGUGGAUUUUGCUAUUGGGCUAGUGAAUUCUGUUUUUAACUUGCCCGACGGGCAAGUGUUUUUUGAGGAAUUCGAAUGACAGAAGAACUGUGAAAUCAAUUCUGCUAGUCAAAAAGUUUUUGGGGCUAGUUGAAAUGAAUGCUAGCUUCAGCUUGCCCGAAUGGCAGGCUGUAAAAAUGAUUUUCUUUGCACCCGGAUAUCAAUCAUGCAAUAAUUUCUUGUGAAGUGAGUUUAUAUUUUUGUCGGAAUUUGCUGUAAUUGUCCCUUUGCUAUAAGUCUAUCAAGUUUGGUGGUUGGUGUCCUCCUUGAUAUCAUCCAAAGGGACGUCAAGGUGCAUUGUGGGUUUCCAGGUAACCGAUUUUACAACCUCGCAAGUGAAUCCUAUGAGCCUAUUUGCUUUAAUAUCUGUCGGUUUGGUUUUUUUAGCGGCCGUUUUGGGAGUCAAUAAGUGCUUUUUGUGAUGAAUUUCGAAGGCAAAAGUAAUUUUAAGAGAAAAUGUAAGCAAUUUGGAUCAUUAGCUUAAAGAUAUGAGUAAAAAUGGAGGUAACAAACAGGGUGUUCAUUAGGCAUCAAGGAUUGGAGAAUUGUCCUUUUGCUAUGGAGAAUUCUCCAGCUAACGUUCGAUAGCCUACAUGACUAAUUUUUACUCAGACAUUGAGCCUGUUUCAAACUAUUCUCCUGUAAUACCUUUCUCCUACUACUAGAAUUCUUAAUGAAAACCCCGAACAAAACACAUGUUUUGCGUCCCAGUCUGUACCAUAUCAGCUUAGUUGGGCAUCAGUUCUUUACAUGCGAUGAAAUGAGUUUAUUAAAGCUGGACUAUUUACUGUCAAAACACCAGUCACUCUCCUGAAAACUAUCUUUGAAUUUAUGUUUCAUGGGGCUCGAUCAGCAUUAUACAGGGAGUGCCGGCAGAAGUGCUAGGGAAAAUGCUUUAAAUAAAAUAUUAUCACAAAACACAUAGCAUGUUGCCACAAACCAUACCUUGAACUCUAAGGAACGUUACACGGUUUGAACGAAUAUAACCUCUUGUAAGAGAAUACAACACUAGUAUAACUUACCUCACUUGAAUAUAAUAAAGCUCAGAAUGAGCACUUAAUUUACAAAUAAAUAAAAAAUGACCCGGCAAUAGGAAGUCCUGAGUUCAAUUCUUGGCGGAACUUAUUUUUCUUUUUCUCUUUUUUUUUUUCCUUUUUGUUUAGUGUAUUGUUUGGUUUUUGUAGUUUUGUAUUGUUUCUUUAUAUAGCAAAAAAAUUUUUCAAUUUAUAAAUUUCCUUCCCUAUUUCCCUCUCUUCCGACUUCUUGCUGUUCCCCCGAAGUGCUUCACGAGGUCCUGCGAUUCAUGUAUUUCUAGUAAUAAUUAUUAUUUUAUGAUUAACAGGUGGAGCGGAUGAUGUUGCAGAGUUCUGGAAAAAUCCAGGUGCGUUUAUUCUAAAGUGUUAUUUUUAAACUACCAUUAGCUAGUUGCCAGUGACCGUGUGUGUAAAAUAUGACUGAACUUAUUAACAAGACAUUCACUUUUUGACACUUGCCAAGGUUACAUGUAUUAUCUGGAGAGAAUAAUUAUUAUAUAUCAGUCAAUUCCAUCCAAGGGGAAAAAAUGCUAAUGGGGGCUGGGCACAGCUGGAAUUGAGUGAUUCAUUAAAGUUUAACUCUGCUGAGUCAGUGUACCUUGAUUCUUAAUCAAUAAUAAAUACAGUGUAAAGUAAUAUUUCAGUUACACCCCGUAGGAUGCUCUUUGUUCACGAUUAGUUGUGAGGUUCAUCUUAAGUAUUAGCAUUUUGUAGGUUAUAUUUUGAAACAUUUCAAUCUGGCCCGCAGUCUUAAUCUCAUUAGUCUUAUUUACCAAUCUUCUCUGUUGAGACACUUUUCGUAGAGAAAUCAUUAACUAGUGAAUAAUACCUGUAGUUAAUUAACCAGGUAGAGAUUUAGGUAACUCACUCGAUGCAAAGUGAUGCAAAGUGAAGUAGCCUCUUUUAUCAUGUGCAGGAGUUUCAGUGAUUGGGAAUCUGUGUUUAUUUAUUUAUUGACCUUCUUAUAUACAUAUACACCACUGCUCCUUUGAGAUAAGGUGAUGCAAUUCAGUGUUAUGUUUUGAGCUGAUAUUUCUGCCUGUUAUAUAUUUUGUAGGAUUCACAAGAGCCAAACUUGUGCAAAAUGGAACAACGUCGUUUUUAGCUACAGUUGUUUUUUCAGACCAUCCGCUGGGCAGUAAAAUGGACAGCUUACUUAAAAUAUUGGACAGUCAAGUUGGAUGCAUUGAUGGCGAAGGUGCUGUGUUGGAGGGUAUUCACUGUGAGGUGGGGCACAACAGGUCUAUUAAAACAAUAAGGUUAUGUUUUGUCAUUUUUGUCUUAAUUCUUCAUUUUUUUCUGUUUUAUACAAAUAGGGAAAAAUAUGUGUGUUUCAAGGAUAAAGUUACUGUCAGUGUAGUCGUAAAAUGUAGUUGUAAUAAUUGGUCAUUCAAACUUGUCUCUAGGCAGCCACUUUGAAGGAAAAAAUUAGGGCAGAAUCCACCAGGAAAUUGAGUAAUUUUAAUUCUCAGUGGACAAAAAUCUUGUACCACAAUAAUUUAAAGAAUAUUGCAUCAUUUUUUACAUUUUCCAAGGCGUAAAGAUGUAAUUACCCUGUAGUCAUCUGUAAUAACACCAAAGAAAAUUUCUGAUGGGAGCCGGAGAAAAUGGAUGUCAAAUUUCACAAGAAUUUUGAAAACACAGGCAAACUUCUGAAAAUCUCAUGUGUAGGAUGCAAUUUUGGUUAUUUUCAUGCAGGGACCUAUAAUCACAGAUCUUGGAGCAAUGCCUCAAAGUUAUAAUGAGAUGACAUGUGAGGAGUUUGAAGAGCUCCUUAACAAGAUCGCAAAUUUGAAGGUCAUGACAAUCAGUCCACAUGCAGAAGCAGCUGUGAGUCAAAGCAGGAUAAAAUGUCUGUUAAAUAGGUGAAAGUGAAAAAAUGCUUAAGCUUCAUCAAUCCCAAGAACAAUAAUAAAAUUGAUUACUUGUUAUUGAGUUUGUCAUAGUUGAAACUCAAAUAUUUUGAUCCUUUGGGGAAAUAAACAUUGAUUCAAAUAUUGACAGGUAAAAGGAAAAAGUGUUUGUGUUUGGCUGGGCAAAGUAAAUCAGUUUUGUUUGAAAAAAAAAUCAUGUUUAAAAAACUGUGAUUUAAUCAAAAUUUAAAUACCACUUAUUACAAUGUAUGAUUGUGAAAUUGGAUUCAAUGCAUGAUAUAUUAAUAUUAAGAUUCAAACUUUUUCUUUCCUUAGUGACUUCCUCCAGUAUUAAUUACAGUAUACUGGUAUCUUCAAACAGAAAACAAGACACCAUGUGUCUGCUAUGACAGGAAAACAACUUAAUUUGAUCCAAAACUAUAGUGGAUCCCUGAUAAAACAAGCACCUUUUUGAUAAGAAUGACUUCAAUGUAACAAAAAGUAUGCUUCACUCCACUGAUGAUGGUCUGACACAAUAUCAAACAUAACUCUAUUUAGUCAGAAAAUAAUAUUGUCUGUAGGCAUCCACCUUAAAUCUCAAAAGCCAGCUGUUCUGAAACCAGAACUAGUGGCUGUACACUAAAGCCAAAUGCGUACCUGUCUAAAACCAAAAGUGAACCCAUGGUCCCAUGGUACUUUGUUUAUUAGGGACCCUCAACCAAGAUAGAGGCCCUGCCAGGGGGGGCUCCCAUGUCGCUCGUCUGAAUUUUAAAACGUCUCGUGUCGGUGUUUAUUAAUGCUUCACGUCGCUGUCAGAAAUUGAACGAAAAUUCUUUGUCUUUGUCGGAAUUUUAGAAAAGGGGGAUAGCGAUGGGUUUUAAAGAAACCAUUACAGUUGAGCAAUUUCUCAGUUAACCUUUCGCGUAUAGAACACCUAUACAUCGCCAUUCACAAUUAAGGGUGUGUUCCUUUCGGUGAGUCCAGAAACGGAUUUGGAUCUUAAAACGGAUUUCAUGUUCCUUUCGGCAAAUCCAAAUUCGGAUUUUUGAUCUGGUGAAUCCUUUUUGAAAAAGGAUUCACAUUGGAUUUGAAAUCCGAAGAUUCCGAAUCAAGAUUAACGGAUUAGUCAUCUACGCUGUUCCAUUCACAGUGGAUUCGAAAUUAGUCAGAUGAUCCAGCUGUACUUCCAGUUGAAGUAUUCCCGUAGAGUUUCCUAAUUGCUGCCAUUUGCCGUAAAACAUCUGAAAACACUAGAAGAUUGUUCAUGGUGGUACAGUAAAAUGUCCAUGUGCUGACCAUUUGUUGCUAAAGAUUGCUUAAAAACACAAAUAUGUAAAAGGGACAAAUAUCUGCUAUCUUUCUACAAACUCGCUCUUGGACGCGAUAGGCACUCGAUCGUGUUACAUAGAAAACCGAGCUACGAAACGGGAUCAAACUGAGCCGACAACCUUUAGAUAAUUUUCAACUUUAACACGCUACUUUCUUGAUCUGUUUAUGUUCCAUCGUCGUUAUUCGAACUGCCGACCACAAAAUUCUGCACAGUAUAAUCGCAUAAUUUGUCAAACAGUAGAAAACAUGUAAUUUCUUGAGAGGCUCAGGCUGUCAUGCAUAUUGCAUGCAUUUGCGAAAGGUUACCAAGGUCACAAAUCCAAUUUCGGAUUUCACGUUCCUUUCGACCGCGAAAUCCGGCAAAUCUCGGAUCAGAAAUCCGUUUUUGGAUUCGCUUAAAGGAACACUGUCAGCACACCCUAAGUGAUCCACGUUCAACAUUUUAAGACUAACUGACCUGAUAAAUCGUACGUGAAGGCUGGUUAACGGUGGUCUACGCUGUGCGGUGUUUAGGUCACCUGGUCCCUGGUUUCUCCACCGUCGUCAUCGUCCGACAGAGGUCGACGAAGAUAUGAGAAGUUCAGAAACAAGCAAAGUAUUCACCAUUUUCACAUAGACCAUAAUUCACCUUGUUUACCCCCCCAAAACUUUGCAUAACCAUUGUUUUCGAUUUCUCUUGGGACGACUGUAAUACCCUGGAGAAUUUGGAAACAUUGGUUAUGCAAAAUUCUGAGGGGAAAAACAAGGUGCGUCAUGGCCUAUUAUGAAAGUAGUGAUUACAAGAGAUGUAAAGCGAGCGUAAAUUAAGCUAUUUGACGGACAACCUAGUCCCAAGGUCUCCCAGGAGUUGUGCGGGGUUGCGUAAAUAAAGACUACGCGACGGGCCAACGCGACGCGCUCGCGAGGGUCUACUGAAACUCCCUGACGAGAGACAACCUCUGAAGCGCAAGGAAAAUUGACGAAAAUUACUUCUUCUAGGCAUUCAGACUGGUGAUAAAUUAGCCAAACCACCGUUCUUUGUCGCAUAUUCUCAGCUUUGCCGUCACUGUCGCAAUUUGGCAGCGGGAGGUUGUCGCUUGUUGCCAUUUCAUUUUAGGCUCUGUCGCUACUUUUUGGGUCAUGUCGCUUGUCGGAAUUUACCCUGGCAGGGCCUCAAGAUAAACCAUUUUCAUAUGAAAAAAAUCAAGUUAUCGAGUGACAUAGACCAACAUGUAUGUGUCAGCAUAAUUUUGUUAUUGACUAUUGUUCUAAUUUUGUUUGCUAUCAGGGGUGUAGUUCCUGCCCUUGGCCAUGAUAAACAGGCUAGUGAGGAAGAAAUCAUGGCUGCUUUGUCUCUUAGUAAAAUCCAGCAAUUCCAUCUGACACACUUGUUUAAUGUCUGCUCAUUCCAUCACAGGUUUGUAUAUAUAGCCACAUAAACACUAUAUUAAAAAUGAUAAUUUAUAAACAUUGUACAAUUUUUCCCACGAGUCUGCACUUAAUUAGCCUGAAUUUCAUCCGAUUACUUUGAGUCGUUAAAUACUCCCUCAGUAACGACGUUGAGAGGAGAAAAUUUCAGGCUAGCUCUCAAUAAAAUACAAACUCAAAACUAUAAUCAAGACCCAUAUAAAAGGCUUUAGUUUGUAAAGAAUAAUAUUCUUACAUGACAUCUGCAAAUAGGUGGAGAUGGGCAUGUUUUAAGAGACAUUGAAAAUGUUAUUAAAUUUACAUCCAUAGAUCUCCUGGCCUAGUCAAUUUUGGACUUUUAGAUGAGUUACCAAACCUUCCAAAGUACAAAGGAAUAAACCCUCCAACAGUAGAGAUCAUAGGGGAUUUAGCCCAUGUGUAAGUGACUUUCUUUUUGCUGGAAUACACAAAGUUUGGUCUACAAAAUUAGAAAUAUAUUGUAAACAUACUUGUGAAUUUUUCAUGACAUUUUCAUUUUCAUUAAAUUAACUCUGUAUAAAUCAGCCAUAUUGCCUUACUUAACCUAUUGCCACCUGACUUGGCAUUUCUGUAGUGCUACCGACAAAAGAAAGCUUGAAUGGGUCCAAGAAAGAGCACUACACGCAGUUUUCCUAGAUAAGCAAUCAAGCUACCAAGCAUUGCUGGACAAAAGUGACCUAACGACUCUUCAGAACAGAAGACUGCAAGAUAUUGCUAUCCUUAUGUAUAAGGUGAAACACAAACUAUGCCCCAUCAAAAUAUCCGAGCUAUUUCACGCGCAUUGCUCACCCUACAACUUGAGGACGGCAGAGUUCGCCAUUCCCAGUUUUAGGACCAAUAAAAUAAUAUGGUAAACACUCGCUCACCUACCUGGGACCAAAGGUGUGGAAUAAGCUACCAAGCGAAAUCAGAACUCUCCCAUCAUUAUUUAGUUUCAAAAAUUGUAUUCGUAAAUUUGAUCUAGGUGUAAUGAUAGACAACGACAGUUGCUCCAAUUGCAUCCUUUGUAAUUCUUAAUCUUUUUAAAUCAAUUAUUUCAUUAGUUGAUAGUUAGUAGGUUUUUAACUAUAUUAUAUUGUUAGGUAACUAUAUUAUAUUGUUAGGUGUCCCCAGUUAGUAGAGGGGUUCUUAACCUCAUCGGCUAGACAUUCCAAGACACAUUAAUAAAGUUUUAUGUAUGUAUGUAUGUAUUUUCAGAGAUGCAACUGCCAUAUCAUUGCUAUUAAAAAGUCGGGAUUUUCAGAAUAUUGCUUUCAUAACUGAUUGCAUAUUAGAGGGUGUUCCUGGAAAAACAGUCAAUUACGGAGACAAACAAAGUAAGAUGCACUGAUAGUCAAUAAUGUAAUCACAUAAAAUACAGAGUCUGAAUGAAAUAAUGAGUUUGAAUUUAGGAAAAUAUUGAAAUGAAGAAAAGCUGCCUGUAAUGAUAAUCUUUUAAGGAUGAAUUCUACGCUGAAUAAAUAAAAUAACUGACUGAAUGAAAUAAAUGAAAUGUCUUGUAUGGGAGAACUACAUGUAGAGAUGUGUCCUCUUUCCUAGUCCUUCUAUGCCCUAAUGCUUCAAAACCCCAGCUGUCAAGUGACAAGUGUAAGUUAUUGCAUAUUAAUUAAGUAAUGAAAUAUUAGAUUAGAUAUUAUUAUAUAAUAAAUUUAUUACUUACAUUGCACAAAUUCAUGUGUAUAUUAUCAGAUGUUUGAACUAUCUUCACCCAGUGGGUAUUGUUCACAAACCUCCGCAUCUUUUCAAAUAAUAAGUUUAAUUUAAUAUAAUAUAUUUUGUAUCUUGUUGUGUGGAUAUAAGUAAAUAGACUUGAAAUUUGGCAAAGCAAGUAAAAAGUAUUUAGGAUCAAAAUUUCAAAAUGAAGGAAGUAAGUGUUAACAUUGCAAUUUACACAACAAACAGUUACAAGGUGUAUUUCUACAGGACUGAUCUGAUUGUUUGACAAACUGGAUGUUCCUACUGAUCAGUAAGAAAUCUGUCCAUUUUGAAAAUUGUUUAGCUGACAGUAGAGUUUUUUAUGUUGUUGUUGUUGUUGUUUCAGUACAGGUAUGUGCUAGUGGCUGUACUCUGUCAGUUGUAGGAACAAACACCUUGGCUGGAAGCUGCAACACUCUGCUUCAGACAUUUCACACUCUGGUGAAUACUUUUGAAGUCCCAAUUGGAAAAGCUGUGGCAAUGUUGUCAGAAAAUCCAGCUAGGUAGUUAGAUAUCAAAUGAAUUACUGCCAAACUCAGAAAACGGUGAACACCUGAAAUUUUUCAGGAAUUUUCAUUGUUUUAUGACCAAUCACAACAAAUUAAUACCGUAAAAUUCCGAAAAUAAGCCCCUCCAAAUAUAAGCCCCCCAAACCUGUAAUGCAAAAAACCCUCCGUUAAAUUGCCCCUCCAAAUAUAAGCCCCCCGGGGGCUUGUACUUGGAAAAUUGCCCUCAAAUACAAAGUAAAACAAAGCCAAAAUGGUAAAUUUACUUGCAACUAUAAGGCUAGCCCAAUCGAGUUUGAAACGCAAAUUUCCCUCCGUAGAUAAGCCCCUCCGAAUAAAAGCCCCUCCAAAAAUAAGCCACUCAAAAAGGGCCUUUGAAAAAUAUAAGCCCCGGGCUUAUUUUUGGAAUUUUACGGUAUCAGGGCAAGCGAGCAAGUCAGAGAACCACAAAAUGAUUACUGUUAAUUGUUACUUGCGGUUUUGUUUACUUACCGCUGAUUGGCUUUUCCUUUACAACAUAAUAGCAUUCUAAAACAUUCUUGGUCUUCACAGUUUUAUGAGUCUAAAAGUUUGAUCGCAAAGAUUGAAUCAUGCUCUAUUUAAGUUCAAAGAAUCACUGAAUAACAGUUAUAGUACAUGUAAUACAUCUGUCAUUAUUAAAUGAUAUUAAAGCAGCCUGAGACUACUACCAUGCAAAUAUGUUUGGUCAUGUGUAAAGAACAAUAUUGAACGACUAUGUAAAAGAGUUACUUGUAGUAAUAACAGUCAUAAACAUGUUAGUCAUCACAAUCGUUAUUGUAUUUAAUUACAAACUGAAAGCUUUGCUAAGUAAGAAUGUCUUGAGUGUUGACUUAGAUGUGUCAAAUAAUAAUUAUACAGGCAUUUCUAGUAUCAGAUGGUAAUGGUUUCCAUGACAUUAAUUUUUCGGUGUGGCAAACCCUCUUUAAGGUUAUAAUAUAAAUGACUUCAAAACAUAAUGUAUUUACUUUUAAGUUAAAGAAUAAUGUAAAUGGUUUGAAAGAGAUUACUUUACAAUGAUUGCAUCCAUCCUGACAAAUUUUUUUGUGUGUUUUAGAAUUGCCAAGAUUUCACACACUGGAUUGAUAGAAGUGGGAAAAAGAGCAGAUCUACUCUUAUUUGAUAGGGAGCUAAACCUGUUAAAUACUCUGGUCUUUGGCCAAGUUCUUUUCCAGCAAACCUAA